AUGGGCCCCUGUACCGCCUCCUCAUGCUGCUGCCAGGCCCGUAAUCUGCCAUGGGCCCCCGUACCGCCUCCUCAUGCUGCUGCCAGGCCCGUAAUCUGUCAUGGGCCCCUGUACCGCCUCCUCAUGCUGCUGCCAGGCCCGUAAUCUGUCAUGGGUCCCUGUACGGCCUCCCAUUGCUGCUGUCUCCAUCGCCACACUCUGCCAUGUGCCACUUUCAGGUCUCCUCACACUGCUGGUGGGUUCCAUUUUGUCAUAGGGUGCUGUAUGGCCUCCCAUUGCUGCUGCCUCCACCGCCACACUGUGGCUCCACACUCUGGUUUUGGCCCCGUGACUGCCCAAAUGAGUGAAGUGUGCGGUGAUUCUAAGAUCGACGGCACUCAUCUGCAUGUCAUACUGACUGACAGUAUUAUUUCUCUUCCCCAGCAGACUCCAAGGGCAUUUAAAUUAAAGGUACAGUGUUCUGCACUAAUAUAA